AUGGCGAACCAUGAUGAGUUGGUUUCGCAAUUUAUAGAUACAACUGGGGUUGAACCUGAAGAAGCACGAUUUUAUCUUGAGUUAUUUAAUUGGCAGCUCGAGGUUGCUCUUGACACAUUUUACUAUCCUCCUGCUUUGCCUUCAUUGUCUAAUGAACCUACUGAAGGUGCAACAUCAGAAGAGGAACGUACUGAUAUUGCAGAUAAAAGUACAGGAAGCUUAAAAUCAUCAGAAAUGGAAGGGAAAUCAUCGAAAGAUAAAGCAAAACCAAAGCCUAAGUUUGCAAUGCUUAGUGAUCUUAAAGAUAGAGAAAGUAGUCCUGAAGAUGAAGAAGGACAAGCAUUUUAUGCUGGUGGUUCUGAACAUACUGGACAACAAAUUUUAGGACCAGGAAAGAAAAAGGAUAUUGUUAGUGAUAUGUUUAAAUCAUGUCAGAGACAAUCAAUUGCUGUAGAACCAAAACCAAGUGGGCAACAAAGACCAAAUACCUUUAGUGGUACUGGGUAUAAAUUAGGUCAGACUAGUUCAGAUACUGAAAUCGUUACUGCUACAUCAUCUAAUCAUCAACAAUCAAAUUCUGGACUAAUUACUUUAAAAUUAUGGAAAGAUGGGUUUACUAUAAAUGAUUCUGAACUUCGUUUAUAUAGUGAUCCAGAAAAUAGAGAAUUUCUGGAGACUAUAAAGAGGGGUGAAAUACCGGCAGAGAUACGUCAAGAGAUACAAGGUACUGAAGCACGCCUUGAUAUGGAAGAUCAUCAUCAUGAAAUGUAUGUCCCUCCAAAAGUAAAAGUGAAAGCUUUCAGUGGUAAAGGACAUAUGCUAGGGAGUCCUUCUCCAGCUACAGUUGGCAUGACAAUACCGGCAGAUCUUGCAGAUCAAGCAGCUAAUGAAUCUCAGGCAAAACAAAAAUUAAAUUUAGAUGAAUCAAAACCAGUUACAACAAUACAAAUUCGCCUUGCUGAUGGAACUAAUGUAAAAGCUCAAUUUAAUUUAACUCAUACCAUUAAUGACUUGAGGCAAUACAUAAUAACUAUGAGACCUCAAUAUGCUAUGAGAGAAUUUAGUUUAUUAACAAUGUAUCCUACUAAGGAGAUUACAGAAGAUAAAACUAUUGAAGAAGCUGGCUUGCAAAAUACAACAAUAAUUCAACGACUGAAAUAA